AUGCCGUCAUCUGCUGCUGGGGAAAGUUCGUCUUUGGAGCACUCUCCCCUUCACAAAUGGAACAGCUGCUCCUCUUUUCUGGAUCCUCCGCGGGAUAUGCCAAGAUGUCAAGUGCGCAAAAUUCAUAUCUACGACUUUGAUAACACGCUCUUCAAGUCGCCAGCACCCAAUCCGAACCUGCUGUCGUCGUUUCUGAUCAAUCUGCUGACAGAUCCGCAACGACUCAGUAACGGAGGUUGGUGGAGCGAGCCGCGUUUCUUGAAAGAACUUAUCGACGAAUGGAUCGGCUCGCGUGAAGAGAAAAGCAGCCGUUCGGAGCUGGAUACAGUUGACGGCCUAUAUUGGAACCAGGAUGUCGUAGAAUUGAGCAGACUGUCGCAACAGGACCCUCACACACUAUCCAUCAUGAUGACCGGCCGCAAAGAGGCUUUUUUCCAGGAUGCGGUCAGCGAGGUCCUUAGGCAGCCUGUAUUUGGCAAGCAUCGGCUGCACUUUAACGCGGUCUUUCUGAAAAAAGACGGAUUUCAAACCACUAUGCUCUACAAGACUACAUGUCUCACUGACCUUCUUACACAUUAUGAUAAAUGCGAGGAAAUAACCAUAUAUGACGACAGGGUGCGACAACUGCAUGGCUUCCAGCAAUUUCUCAAUGAGUUUGUUGAGGCCAUGCGUCCAUCUUUACAGUUCAGCCUGAUUCACGUUCCUGGGCUUAUUAAAUACCUCAAGCCUGCCAAAGAACGAAGUAUUAUAUCGCAUGUAUUCAAGGAACACAACGACGCUGUCAGUAAUGUCGUGUUUCAACCAAACUCGAGAGCUUACGGAUUUUACAUGGGUAAGAUGUACGUUAAAGAAAAACGUUUGGGUGCGGCUUAUAUUGUUACUGCAUCGUCUCGACUCAAAAUCGCUAAAUUUGCCGCUGUCCGAUUUGGAAAUCUAAUCAAUUCAGGGCAUUACCAUAUAGUUGCGAAGUCAGUACUGUGCACUCCUUAUGGGGCCAUAACAACUCGCAAAGUCGCCACUAUGGUGCUCAGUGGUUCUUGCAAAGAGGCUUCCGAACAAAUAGUUGAAAGCUACAUGCGCUCCAUGAAUAGCGGCGUCGAGAACUCGCGCAUACGUUUUCGAAUAACUAGGUUUGGAGUAGCAGCGGCAAUGGGACGAAUUGUUUGCGACCUUGAACCAGAGGACGAUACGCGAUACGCAUACACGGAGUUUCCAGCCCUAAGGUUGCUUCUUGCAACGACAGAUAUUCACCUUAUCGAACAUAGUUCUAACUUGUACCGGGACGAGUUAUACGAGUGGACACAGGCCAAAGAUUGUGCGGAAAUUGUAGACACUGAUUUUGGAUAUAUGUUCAUUAUUACCGCAAUCAUGGCAAAGAAGCCAAAAAAGUCCAAGAAACGAGCUUUGGAGUUACAUUAA